CAACCAGGUCUUUUAUAGCCCCGGAGUUCCCGUGAUGCCCCACGCGGCUGCAAUGAUUGGUUAAGGGUUUUGCUUUUAGGGCGUGGCCGCGCUCCUGAGCAAUAGUGGAUGAGCUGUGAGUGCGCGCGCGUGCGCGGGGCCGCGACCUGGGUCGGCUCGAGCCCGCUGGGUACUCGGGGGCGCGCACGUCGUUCUCCGCCCUCCCGCCGCCGCCCGCCCUCGCUCUCUCGCGCUCCCCUCCCGCCGCCCGCGGUCCUCCGUCGGUUCUCUCGUUAGUCCGCGGUCUGGUCUUCAGCUACCCUCCUUAGUCUACGAGCUUGCGACUCGCGGACCGGCGUCCCCGGCGCGAAGAGGCUGGACUCGGAUUCGUUGCCUCAGCAAUGGCUGCCAUCCGGAAGAAACUAGUGAUUGUUGGUGAUGGAGCCUGUGGAAAGACAUGCUUGCUCAUAGUGUUCAGCAAGGACCAGUUCCCAGAGGUGUAUGUGCCCACAGUGUUUGAGAACUAUGUGGCAGAUAUCGAGGUGGAUGGAAAACAAGUAGAGUUGGCUUUGUGGGACACAGCUGGGCAGGAAGAUUAUGAUCGCCUGAGGCCCCUCUCCUACCCAGAUACCGAUGUUAUACUGAUGUGUUUUUCCAUCGACAGCCCUGAUAGUUUAGAAAACAUCCCAGAAAAGUGGACCCCGGAAGUCAAGCAUUUCUGUCCCAACGUGCCCAUCAUCCUGGUUGGGAAUAAGAAGGAUCUUCGGAAUGAUGAGCACACAAGGCGGGAGCUAGCCAAGAUGAAGCAGGAGCCGGUGAAACCUGAAGAAGGCAGAGAUAUGGCAAACAGGAUUGGUGCUUUUGGAUACAUGGAGUGUUCAGCAAAGACCAAAGAUGGAGUGAGAGAGGUUUUUGAAAUGGCUACGAGAGCUGCUCUGCAAGCUAGACGUGGGAAGAAAAAAUCUGGGUGCCUUGUCUUGUGAAACCUUGCUGCAAGCACAGCCCUUAUGCGGUUAAUUUUGAAGUGCUGUUUAUUAAUCUUAGUGUAUGAUUACUGGCCUUUUUCGUUUAUCUAUAAUUUACCUAAGAUUACAAAUCAGAAGUCAUCUUGCUACCAGUAUUUAGAAGCCAACUAUGAUUAUUAAUGAUGUCCAACCCGUCUGGCCCACCAGGGUCCUUUUGACACUGCUCUAACAGCUCUCCUCUGCACUCCCACCUGACACACCAGGCGCUAAUUCAAGGAAUUUCUUAACUUCUUGCUUCUUUCUAGAAAGAGAAACAGUUGGUAACUUUUGUGAAUUAGGCUGUAACUACUUUAUAACUAACAUGUCCUGCCUAUUACCUGUCAGCUGCAAGGUACUCUGGUGAGUCACCACUUCAGGGCUUUACUCCUUAACACAUUUGUUGGCAUAGCUCUGGGGUGGGCAGUUUUUUGAAAAUGGGCUCAACCAGAAAAGCCCAAGUUCAUGCAGCUGUGGCAGAGUUACAGUUCUGUUGUUUCAUGUUAGUUACCUUAUAGUUACUGUGUAAUUAGUGCCACUUAAUGUAUGUUACCAAAAAUAAAUAUAUCUACUCCAGACUAGAUGUAGUAUUUUUUGUAUAAUUGGAUUUCCUAAUACUGAUAUUUGUCAUCCCCAAAGAAAGUGUAUUGGUUUUUUAAAAAAGAAAGUGUAUUUGGAAAUAAAGUCAGAUGGAAAAUUCAUUUUUUAAAUUCCCGUUUUGUCACUUUUUCUGAUAAAAGAUGGCCAUAUUACCCCUUUUCGGCCCCAUGUAUCUCAGUACCCCUAUCUGGAGCUGGGCUAAGUAAAUAGGAAUUGGUUUCACGCCUAAGGCAAUUAGACACUUUGGAAGGUGGCAUAACCUGUCUCACCUGGACUUCAGCAUCUGGCUCUAAUUCACAGUGCUCUUCUCACUGUAUCCAGGUUCCCUCCCAGAGGAGCCACCAGUUCUCAUGGGUGGCACUCAGUCUCUCUUCUCUCCAGCUGACUAAACUUUUUUUCUGUACCAGUUAAUUUUUCCAACUACUAAUAGAAUAAAGGCAGUUUUCUAAA